AAGAACGAAAAGCGAAACAGAGGAAUCUAAAAUCUCUCAGUCGCGACAGCUUCCGGCUACUACAAGAUCGCCGCCGUGAAAUUUCUUCUCCAGCUCUCUGUUUCUGAGAUUGGCAAACAUGUCAGUUCUUAUUAGGACAAGCCUAGGGGAUAUAGUGACUGAUCUCUACACAGAUAAAGCCCCUAAAACCUGCAAUAAUUUUCUCAAGCUAUGCCGUAUGAAGUAUUACAAUGGGUGCCUUAUCCACACAGUAAAGGAUUCCAUAGCAGAAACAGGUGAUCCAACAGGAACAGGGUCUGGUGGAGACUCAAUAUACAAAUUUCUUGAAGGUGACCAUGCUCGGUUCUUCAGCGAAGAGAUUUGCCCUGAAUUGAAACAUUCAAAGACUGGCACUGUUGCUAUGGUUAGUUCUGGUGAAAAUCUGAAUGCUUCCCAGUUCUAUAUCACACUUUGCGAUGAUCUUGACCAUCUUGAUGGGAAACACACUGUGUUUGGGGAGGUUGUCGAGGGGUUUGACGUUUUGACUAGUCUAGCCAAAGUUUCUGUUGAUGCGAAGAACAGACCCUGUAAAAACAUAAGAAUAGAGCACACAUAUAUACUUGAAGAUCCAUUUGAUGAUCUCCCACAACUGGCUGAAUUGAUACCAGAUACUUCCCCUGAGGGAAAACCGAAGGAAGAGGUCACAGAUGACGGGCGACUCGAAUAUGAUUGGGUUCCAACAGAUGAAGAACUUGGUCCUCAGGAACUGGAGGAGGUCAUCAACAAAAACGCUGCCCAUUCAAGUGCUGUUUUACUUGAAACUAAAGAAGAUAUCCCUGAGGCUGUGGAGGAUUCUAGCACUUUGCUUUACAUAUGGGGUUUGAAUCCUUGUACUGAUGCAGAUGGCCUCAACACCAUUUUUUCCCGCUUUGGAACAGUCAUCUCGGUUCGAGUCCUCCGGGAUCGCAAGACUGGUGAGAGCUUAGGUUGUGCAUUAAUCCAGUUUGAAAAUGAGGUUGCAAGCAAAGAAGCCCGUCUUGUGAUGGAUAAUUGUACUAUCGAUGAUAGACGAAUCUCCGUAGAAAUUGAGGACUGCUUUGUGGAAAGUAUUUCACAUACCCGGGAAAAAGAAGAACAUCAUGCUUCACAUUUCCGGUGGAGAGAGGGGCCUUACUCUGCACGUAUAAAGAAAGUAGAGAAAGAAAUCAAUGAGCUCGCCGAGAAGAUCAACAAUCUUUGUAGUAUCAAGGAGUCUGACACGAAUACUGGGUUAUCUCUUCCCAGUCAAUGGGAUCUCAUAGCUGAUAAACAGAUGAUUGUUGACGAGCAGCCUCUGCAUGUUGCGACAUGCACACAGAUAAUCAGUCCAAAUACUGAAGACGCAAAGUAUGUCGUUGAUAUGGAAAAGAUAGGCAAGUUUGUUGUUGGACUUGGCGAUAAAUCUUCUCCCACUGAGAUAGAAGUAGGAAUGCGUGUGGGAGUUGAUAGGAAGAAAUAUCAGAUACAGAUUCCUCUACCUCCAAAGACUGAUCCUCGUGCUAUCAUGAUGACGGUUGAAGAGAAACCGGACAUAACUUACUGUGAUAUCGGUGGCUGCAAGGAGCAGAUUGAGAAGAUUAGAGAGGUUGUUGAACUACCAAUGCUUCAUCCAGAGAAAUUUGUGAGGCUUGGGAUAGAUCCUCCCAAGGGCGUUCUUUGCUAUGGUCCUCCGGGUACUGGAAAAACCCUUGUGGCUAGAGCUGUAGCUAAUAGAACCGGUGCUUGCUUUAUCAGGAUUAUUGGCAGUGAGCUCGUUCAGAAGUACAUCGGUGAAGGAGCAAGGAUGGUUCGUGAACUGUUUCAGAUGGCACGCUCAAAGAAAGCUUGCAUUUUGUUCAUUGACGAAAUCGAUGCCAUUGGUGGUGCAAGAUUUGAUGACGGUGUAGGCGGUGAUAAUGAAGUCCAACGUACUAUGCUUGAGAUUGUGAAUCAGCUUGAUGGGUUUGACGCACGUGGUAACAUCAAGGUUCUUAUGGCAACAAACAGGCCUGACAUACUGGACCCUGCUCUUUUACGUCCUGGACGUCUUGACCGCAAGAUUGAGUUUUGUCUGCCUGAUCUGGAGGGCAGAACACAGAUCUUCAAGAUUCACACACGAACCAUGAGCUGUGAAAGAGACAUCCGGUUUGAACUCCUUGCUGGUCUCUGCCCAAAUUCAACAGGAGCUGAUAUCAGAAGUGUGUGCAUAGAAGCCGGAAUGUAUGCAAUAGGAGCUAGGAGAAAGGCUGUGAGUGAGAAAGACUUUCUGGACGCAGUGAACAAAGUGGUUAAAGGCUAUCAAAAGUUCAGUGCAACUCCCAAGUAUAUGGCCUACUACAUUUAGAGAGAAGUCAGUAAUGCCAAGAAUCCAAGUUGCUUUUACCCCAUUCAUCAAUCUGCCAACUGCAUCACUCGUCUGAUUGAGAAGAUCGAGGCACCGGUUAUAUACCUUUCUUCUCAUGCAGCCGAAAGCGACUACCUCGUGAUACAGCUGACAAAUAGGAUGCAUUGUCAUACAGACAUGGUCUCGAGGAUAUGCGAUGCGAUGAGUAUCUCUGUGCCAAAGGAGCUGCCUAUUUUGUAGCAGAUCAUGAGUAAUGAUGAUUAACACGAAAUCCAGUCUCUGUCUUGUGAGUUCUCAUCAUCAACAUCCUAGUUCUCUUCUAUUUUGUGCAUAGUUUUUUUGUGUAUCAUACAAUAAAGCCAUGCUACAGUUUCUUCUAAUGUUUAUCAGAGAUUGCUUUGGUUAAAUCAAAUACUAACCAUUUGUUGUUUGCUUGUAAUUUGUCAAUAUCAUGUAAAUCCUGAUCCACAAUUUCAAUAAGACAACCUUUGUUAUACCAAAUU